AUGUUCGCCUCGUCUAAGCUUCUUGUGCCCCUCGCGGUUGCUGCUGGUGUCCUCGCUGCUUCCCCCGCGGAGCAGGUUGCCUCGCUCAAGAGCGCGCCUACGCAGAAUGACCGUAUCAAGAUCCUGGACCAGGACUCAGACUUUGUGUUCAACUUCUUCAACGCGACGCCGGCCAAGGGAGCGGGUGGCAGCAGCUUCAGUGCUACUGUCUCCAACUUUCCUGUACUCGUCAACAAUGGCCUUGCCAUGACCAUCGGGUUCCUCGAGCCGUGUGGGAUGAACACUCCCCACACUCACCCCCGUGCUACGGAGAUGCUUUAUGUCGUCAACGGCACCCUCACCACCGGCAUGAUCGCGGAGAACGGCGCGCGUUUCGUCUUCAACCAGAUCGAGACCGGGAGCGCACAGGUAUUCCUUCAGGGCUCGAUCCACUACCAGCAGAACGAGCUCUGUGACCCGGUCAUGUUCGUCGCGGCUCUCAACAGCGAGGACCCCGGCGUCGAGUCCAUUGCUCAGCGCUACUUUGGUCUUCCUCCUGAUGUCGUCGCCGCCUCUCUUGGCGACGUUGGUGUUGAGAACGUCGCGUGGAUCGAGAGCCAGAUCCCGGACAACUUCGCUCUCGGCCGCCAGGAGUGCCUCGACCGGUGCGGGAUCAAGCGCGAGGGCCAGCUCUCGAACCAGCGCCAGCCCCGCGUGUCCGGCAACGCCCUCCCCAACCAGAUGGCGUCGAUGACCUCGAUGUCGACGUGGCCCGCGAGCUCGACGAAGGUGUACGGCAGCGCGGGCGCGUCCUCGACCUCGACGCACAACUCGCGCGACCCGUCGCAGCAGACCGCCAAUGUGCUCGGCGCGCUCGCGGACGACUCGGACGCAGCGACGGGCGCCGGCGGGAUCUCGAACACGGUGCUCAUCGCGCUCUGCGCCGUCGUCGGCGUCAUGGGCCUCGGGUACGUCGUCAUCGGCGCGGUGUACAUCGCGGGCCGCCGCAAACAGUCGCGCGCGAACCGGUUCUACGUCCGCCCCGAGAUGGCGGGCCGCGCACGCGUGCCCACAGACGAGAAGUACGACUCGUGA